AUGGCGGAAUAUGAUGGAAACAGCCUAUCUAGCCCAGUCGUUUCCGAACAUGGAGAAAAGCGUACAAGAACGUUUACACAUAAAGGUUUCCAGAACACGCUUAUAAACCAGACAAAAACAUUUAACAAACAAACGAAAGUAUUACGGGUUGCGAUUGACCUGGUAUACAAAGAGAUAGAGGAGAAUUCAGCGAUAAAGGAAGCCCUAGACUCGCUCGAAAAAGAGAGACGAAUGCUCGUAAAUUCUGUUAAAAGUCUUGAAGAACUCUUUGCACAGGACAAGUGGGGUGAAACAACCGACGUGGAACCAACCAUCAGAAAAGCCUUCGAAAGUUUCCUACACGCAGCUGAGGUCGUUUCGCAAGAGGCAGGAAAGAAACUUGACAAUAAUAAAAGCAGAGUCGCGAACACGUCCUCCGUAAGGUCCAGAAAGAAGAAUAGCAAUGGCGGAAGCAGCUGCCGCGAAAGAGCAAGCGGAGUACGACAGAUUAAUUGCUCAAAUGGAGAAAGAUCGAAAACAACGCGAAGCCCAAGAGGUGCUAGAGAGAUCAGCAGCACAAGCCCGACAUGAACACGAUAUAGCAGUUCUUGCAGCCUGGAAAUUGGAAGCAGUAGCUCAAGCGAAGCUCGAAGCCAUUGAAAGAUCCAUAAUCCAGGAGGAAGACGAUUCGUAUUCUGGUAAAUCAAGUCGGAAAGCCAGCGUAGAACCUUUGGAACGCACCAAAGCUUGGGUAGAGAGCCAACCUCCCUUUGAAGGUGAUGUGGUGUGA